CCUUCACCAGAGGGAUUUAGAAUGUACAGUGGAGCGAAUCAAAUCCAGAAACACGAUCAUGUUGACUUGACAAAAACAUGGCAAGCAAUGGAGAAAGUCUACGAGAAAGGAUUAGCGAAGGCGAUUGGCCUGUCGAACUUCAACGUCGAACAAAUACAGAAUAUUUAUCAUGCGGCUAAAGUGAAACCGCAUAAUUUGCAGAUUGAGGUGCAUAUAUAUUUCCCACAACGUGAACUACACACACUCUGCACAUCGUUGAAUAUUGCGGUAACUGCAUUCGCUCCAUUGGGAUGUCCAAGUAGACGCGGUAAGGAUGGAUGGCCCGAGAAAGUGGCCAUUGACAAUGAGAUAGUAAAGGAGUUGGCAAAGAAAUAUGGCAAAACGCCGGCACAAAUCCUUCUCAGGCAUUUGCUACAACGUCAGAUUGUUGUCAUUCCGAAAUCAACAAACGCCGAACGAUUACGCGAGAAUUUCAACGUAAAACCUCAUAAAAUAAGUGUACCGACGAAGAUACUGGGAGGAUAUUCAUUGCAGAUAUUCGAUUUUGAAAUCUCAUCGGAUGACAUGAAUAAGCUGAACCGUAUCGAACCACAAGGGCGAUUGUAUACGUGGUCCGGCUGUGGGUUAGUGGUGUAG